AUGGAAACACAGACUGGCGUCUCAAAUAAAAGAGCUACGAGCUACAAUUGGUCGGCUAAUACAGUACAUGAACGGAAACCGGACGAAAAAGAUGCAAACCUUAAACGCAACAAGACUGAAGAUAUAACCGAAGUACCUAGCUCCGAGCAAAUCGAAAGCUUCUGGAAGUCUAUAUGGUCAACCAGCACCAAACAUGCAACCGAUUCAGCGUGGAUCCACGAUGAGUACAAGAGAUCGGAAUCUAUAAAAGCUAUGGAAGACGCGACUUUCAGUGAGGCCGAUAUCAAAAAAGCUGUAGAGAGCACUCAAAAUUGGCGGGCUGCAGGGCCAGAUGCCGAAAAAAUAUGUACUCAUCUUGAAACGCACAACAUUCUAGCCAUCGAACAAAAAGGAUGUGUUAAAAACAGCAAAGGCUGCAAAGAGCAGCUGAUAAUUGAUACAGUCAUAAUGGAGCAAGCAUACCAUAAUCAAAGAAAUAUUUAUACAUCUUAUAUCGACUUCAAAAAAGCCUUUAACACUGUUCCGCAUUCUUGGCUUUUGGAGGUUUUAGACAUUUGUAAAAUAUCGCCGAACAUAAAACGUCGUACGCAGCAACUUAUGAACUCAUGGAAAGUUACUUUAAAACUAUUUCAUAAUAACGGACUCAUAAAAACUGCUCCCAUACCUAUUAAAAGAGGUAUUUUCCAAGGAGAUAGCUUGAGUCCGAUAUGGUUUUGUCUGGCGCUAAAUCCACUUUCUUCGAUACUAAAUGCGUCAAACUACGGCUUUAGUUUAAAAGCACCGCGUGUAUCGCAAUAUAGACUUUCACACCUACUGUACGUGGAUGACAUAAAGCUAUAUGCUGCAAAUGAACGUCAAAUGAAUACGCUACUGGAACAAACAGAAGAUUUUUCAAAUGAUAUAAAAAUGUCGUUUGGAGUAGAAAAAUAUCGAAGAUUAAGUGUGGAAAAUGGAAAACUUAUAAGGCGAGAAUUUGAAUUAAUGACUCAUGAAACUGUAGACUCAAUGACAGAAGGCAACACAUAUAAAUACCUUGCCAUUAACGCAUUUGCGAUACCGGUUUUAACAUACACCUUUGGUGUAGUAAAAUGGUCCGAAACAGAACUGGAAAACGUCAAGAGAGCAACAAGGACAUUGUUGACAAAGUAUGGCACGCAUCACCCAAAAUCGGCAGUAGAACGUCUCUACUUGCCACGUCGACAGGGAGAUCGAGGGAUGGUAGACAUUAAGCAAUUACAUAAUAAGUGUAAACAAAGCCUUCGUUUAUACUUCCACAACCAAGAGAACAGCCUACUCCAAACCGUGUGCAAAGCCGAUUUAAAAUAUUCACCAUUAAAUCUUAGUGAAUUUUCUGCAAUCGAAUUAAUAUCAGGAACGCAACAUAUCCAGUCGCUCAUGCAAGACUGGAAAAUGAAAGCGGUUCAUGGCAGAUAUCCACAUGCUCUAGACGCUCCUGAAGUAGAUAACGCUGCUUCCAACGAAUGGUUAAUUCACUCCGGUAUCUACGCCGAAACUGAAGGUUUUAUGAUCGCUAUACAAGAUCAAGUUAUUGCGACUAGAAACUACUCGAAAUAUAUUAUGCGUGCUUCCGUUGAAAACGACCUAUGCAGACGAUGCCAAAAGCAAACAGAAACCAUCCACCACAUCACAGGAGCUUGUGUCACGUUAGCAGCCACCGAAUACUUAACCAGACAUAACCAGGUGGCAAAAAUUGUACACCAGAGUCUAGCGAUACAACAUAAGCUAGUAACGGAAGAGCUGCCGUACUUUAAAUAUACUCCAGACGCUGUAAUUGAAAACAGAACGAGCAAGCUAUAUUGGGACCGAUCAGUUUUGACGGACCAUCCAAUGCCACACAACAGGCCGGACAUAAUAGGCGUACCAAAUACUCACAAUCUUCAAGAUUGUUAUAUGGAGAAAUACAGAAAAUACCAGAGCUUAGCAUACGAGAUCAAGGAUUUGUGGAAAUUAGAAAAAGUAGAGGUGAUUCCAGUUAUAAUUUCGACAACAGGAGUUAUUCCAAAAUCAUUGAACACUAGCCUGGAAAAACUCAACAUGGUAGAAAAGCGAAGGGCCAUACAAAAAUCUGUGAUAUUAUCUAUAUCAUCGAUAAUUCGUAAAUUUCUGAAUAUAAAUUAG